AUGACUGAAACUGUUUUAGUUACUGGUGGAACUGGUUUCAUUGGUGCCACUAUUCUUAUUCAAUUACUUGAAGCUGGAAACUAUCAAGUUAGAACCACAGUUAGAUCUAUAUCAAAAGCUGAUUUUAUUUAUUCUCUUAUUAAAAAGAAUAUUGCCAACAUAACUGAUGAACAAAUUAAGCAAAGACUUGAAAUAUUCGAAGCUGAUUUAACUAGUGAUAAAGGAUGGGAGCAAGCAAUUACAGGAGUUGAUUAUGUCUUGCAUGUUGCAUCACCUGUGAUUGAACCAAAAGAUGAAAAUGAAGCUAUUAUACCUGCUCGUGAUGGAACUCUUAGAGUUACCAAAUUAUCUCAUAAAUAUGGUGCUAAAAAAAUUAUUUUUACUUCAUCAUUUGCCACAGUUGGUUAUGGACAUUUAAAAUAUAAAUCAAUUUAUGAUGAAAAUGAUUUCUCUCCUUUGGAAACUACAAUUGGGGCUUAUCCAAAAUCUAAAAUUGAAGCUGAAAGAGUAUUUUGGGAAUAUAUUAGAAGUGAUAAAAAUACAAAAUCACUGCAUCCAAUAAUUGGUACCGCUUUAUUGCCAGUUGCUGUUCUUGGUCCACCUCCAAAAGGAUUAUCAGCUCGUUCAAGUAUUGAACUUGGGGUAAGAUUAGUUAAUGGUGGUUUCAAAUAUGGAGUUCCAAAACUUUUAUUGGGAGUGAUUGAUAGUAGAGAUGUUGCAAAAUUACAUAUUGAUGCCAUUCAUAAUAAAGCUAGUGAAGGAGAAAGAAUUAUUCUUGUAGAUCAAAAGGAAAAAGUUGAUUUUCUUCAAAUUACUGAAUUUGUUAGACAUGUUCCAGGGGUAAACCAAAGUAAUUUACCAACUCGUUUUUUACCAUCUUGGUUAUUUAAAUUAUUGGCUAUUUUUGUUCAUCAAAUUAAAGGACUUGUCCCACUUUUAGAUGUUCAGUUUGAUAUUGAUAAUACCAAAUCAUUAAAGAUAUUUAAGGAUUGGACUCCUAUUCCAGUUGAACAAACAUUUAAAGAUAUGACCAAACGUAUUCUUGAAAAUGAAGCAUAG